AUGUCGGACUCUCCUGCAGAUAAAUGGGUUGAUGAUGUGCUUCCUUUGUUGGAGCAACUCAGGCAAUCAUCUGUAAAUACUAUGAAUGUUUCCAUUUUCAAGCUAAACGCCGUCUUAGCAGACGAUCACGAAAAGUUAGACUCAAACCAAAAAGACCAAGUUUUAUUUGCUAUCUUAUCUACAUAUGCAAGAUACCCUUUUGAUUCCACCUUUGACAAGAAUGUUUUGAAAUCCUUUCAAAAUUUUAUUGCAAUCGAUGGAGAAAAGUUUUCAAAGCAUAUCUUGGGUUUUAUUGCAAAACAGUCAACCAAGCCAAUCGCCACUCGGGAAUUGCUAAUUUUGAGUAGAUGGAACUCUGCUGUUAUCAAUUAUGUUGAUGACAACGACCUGUUUCUUUCUUUGUUGAAAGUGUGUAUAGCAUCAUCUAUCAAUCUGCUUUCGUUGGUUACAGAUUAUAGUCAAGUUGAAUCCCUUGAUAAUCAUCACUUAAAAGCUAUCAAAUCUAUAAAAACUGACAUUGCAAGCUCUCUUAGAUCAAUUGCAAAGAAAAACCCUGAGUAUAUUUUUGAUGUCAUUAAUCAUAUCUGCGUUGAUAAGUUGCCAGUUUCAGGUAUCAUAUCGAUUUUGGGCCUACUUGCAUUUGCAAUUAAGUCUAAUAGUGAAGCUAUUGAGACUCUAAAGUCUUUUGAAACUAAGAUCUAUGAAUUUUUUGUCAAAGUCUGUUUGACUACCAAGAUAUAUCCCAAUAAGGUUGCUCUUCAUUUUUUUGGUACGUUUAUUAACAUGUUUUUGUCUGCAAAAUCAUUUGAAGAGAUUUUGAUACCAGGCUUGGAAAAAUCAGCAUUAAGAAAUUCAGAACUGACAUUUUCUAUAUACUCCCCCUCCAUUUUUGAAUCUCUAAAUUACUCUUCCAUGGAUGUCGCCUUAAUUUUAUCAAAAACAAAAUUUUUCGGUCAAUUGUUCUCUUCUCUAAAAGCGACAAAAGAAUCUGUUAAGAUUGGUGCAUCUACUACUUUAAACAUAAUUGUCAAGAACACCAGUUCGGCAAGUGGUGAUUCUUUGGUGCUUUAUGCAGAUGAAUUAUUCAAAGUUUUGAAGGGCAUAUCUGCUUCAGCAGUGGAACAGAAGUGCUAUAUACUCGAUGUUCUGUCUUCUUUUGAAUAUUCAAACAAGAAUUCUUCAAAGAAAAUCAUUGAAAUGAUCAUUCCGUUCAUCACAAAGGAAAAUAACGAAGUUGUUUUGAACCAGUUACUCAACAUCCUACUUCCUCGUUUUAUCUUUUUUAUUUCCUCUGCCACCGAGUUUGAUCAAAGGGAUAAGAUUAUAGAGUUACUAAAUGCUGGUCUUAAAAACAGCAAAGCACCAAUAAAAACUGCUUGGAAUACCGCUUUUGCAUCCGCAAUGUUGAGCUCCUGCGCAACCGGAGAAAGCAUAGAGCAGUUUGCUCUACUAUUCAACAGUGGUAUUACCGAUACCUUAUUAACAGUGUUUGAUGAAGUUAUGAAGGCCCCAUUACCAAGUGUUAAUAACAAGCUUAUAGCUGCAGGAUAUUCAUCCAUCGCAACUCUAUUUCACCUAGUUGAAGCUUUCGAUAACCAAACUUUGGCAGAAAAACUAAAUCACUUUGAUGUUGUUGGCAAGGCUCUAACAGAAACUGAAACAAAAAUGUCAUGUUUUACAAAUACUAAAGUUGUCUCCAAGCUAAAUACCGAGGAAUCCCAAGAAUGGUUUGUCAGAGCUUUACUCGCGUUAUCUCGACAUCUAACAGAGCCUUCAACAUUGUAUGGCUCUGCGGCUCUAUAUGCUUCUAUCUCCAGAAACAUGACCCCUAAAGUUAGAAACUUAUCCAGAUCAUUACUUCAUGAACACUAUGAGCAAAAUCAAAAGGUCAUUGGGUCAUCUUUAACUUUGGCCGUUAAUAGUCUAAUUAAGGAGGUUGAAGGCAAUCCCGAUUUGAAUUAUGAAUACAACUACUUACUGCCUAUGAUUUCUGCAACAUUUCAUUCAUUUGGUUCAUGUGAUGUGACAUUGUUAGAGUCCCAAUUGGUUGAUCUUUUAAUUCCUUUCAAGCAUAAAAUGCUGAGCGGUAUUCCUAAUGGUUGGGUAAGUUUAUGUCUAAAAUGUCAUGCCGACCCCGGUAAAAUUGUCUCUGAAUAUGCCAAUAAAAUCAUUGAUAGUAUUUCCUCAAUCCUUGGUGACCCGUCGGAAACUAUUUUUGAGAAUGGCAUUUUCCAAGCAGCAUGUGAUACCACUUCAAUAAUCUCUUUCUUUUCCCCAGGAACUAUUGUCCCUAUCUUGUCUAGAAUUAUUGAAGAUGACCUCUCUACUGUCAAGUCACUUGAUAUUGAUGAAACUAAAUAUCAGAUUUGGAAAGGUAAAGAUGGGGAGUUAGUUGUUGAUGUUUUGGCAAAGAAGACAUCUGUCAAUAUUUCUAAAUCUAAGGAUGCGGAGACUCUAAAAUGGGAACAAUCUGUCCGUAAAGAGUUAGAGGCGAAGAAGAAAGUUGCUAAGAAACUAACCAAGGAGGAGCAAAUUAAGGUAAACGAGCAACUGUUGCUAGAAAAAAGCAUCAGAGACACUAUUAAUUCCCAGUAUAUGAGUUUACGUCGUGGUUUGGCAGUUAUUACUUGUUUAUCUAGGCAAGCACGAACAGUUGACAAUGGUACUGCAAUUUGGUUUCCAGUUGCGAUUUCCAACAUACUAACACUCUUAAAUUCUAAACCUGCUGUCAAAUUAACAGGAGAAUUAUCCAGUGAAUGUUUCCUUUCGUUAUCUGAUGUUGUUGCCACCGAAAGUUUAUCCGGUACUUCCAGUAUGAAAUUUGUUGGUUCUUCAACUUUGCGAUUACAUGACGUCGAUCACAUUCCUGCUGAAUACACUGGUAGGGACUUGCAAGAAUUAUUGUCUUCUCAGUUGUUCAGUUUGAAACUGAGCUCGGAUAAGUCUCUGUUUAACAGCUUGACUUUGAUGUAUGUUUUGCCUUUACUAGUUAAGAUUAUUGAGAAUGGUAAGAACUAUAUCAUAAGAAGCGGUAAGAAGAUUACAAAAGUUAAUACCGAAUUUUCAGAAGAAGCACCAGAGGAAGAACAGCUUACAAUGGCACUGGAAAUUAUAUCGUCCAACUCAGAACUAUUUGAGGAUCACAGUAUUCCAAGAACUUCAAUCAUCACCCACUUGAUUGAGUUGUUGGCAUUGUCGUCUAAAGCAAAGGCAGCAAAGGAAUGUUUUGUUUCUUUAUGCCAAAAUAUUGCUGCUACUAUAUCAGACUCUGAUCUAACUAUUAUCCUUAAAUCAUUGAUAAACCCAAAUGUUUUUGUGAGGGCGACUAUCUUAGAAGUUUUAGAUCAAGAAUUUGAUUUAUCCGACCUUAAAAUGAGUGAAGAACUGUGGAUCUUAUGUUUUGACAACGUCACAAACAAUAAGGAAGUCGCUGAAACAAUUUGGGCUGAAUCUGGUUUCCAAAUCGAUGAAGGUGCACCAACCAGGUUAAUCGAAUAUAUUGGAAACCCGGACAAUGGUAUGAGACUAUCAAUAUCAAAGGCUAUUGCAGCUGCAGUGAUUAAAUAUGAUUCUGUUGAUUUGUUCCACGCAAUAUUAGAUAAACUAUUAAAAUUGUUUAGGGAGAUGGCUCAACCGCCAGCUCCCGAAGUGGAUCAAUUUGGUUUAGUUAUUAACAAUGCUGCUAAUGCAAAAGACAGAUGGGAACAACGUUGUGGUAUAGCUCUUGCACUCAAUUAUAUGGCUCCCCUGUUUAAAAAUGAGUCCGAAGUUUCCAAAGUUUUCAAAUUCUUAAUUGAGGAAAGAGCUUUAGGUGAUAAAGAAAUAAUGGUCAGGUCAGAAUUACAGGAGGCAGGUUCUAAAAUUAUUGAGCAACAUGGCAAAGAAAAUGUUGAGACUUUAAUAUCGAUUUUUGAAGCAUGCUUAGCCGAAAAAGAUGAAAAAUCAAAGAUCCAAGAUUUAGUGAAAGAAUCCGUUAUUAUUUUGUAUGGUGGACUUGCGCGUCAUUUGGACGACACUGACAAGCGAAUCGACUCUAUAGUCGAACGAUUAUUAGAAUCUUUAGAUACUCCUUCUGAAGAUGUUCAAUAUGCAGUUUCAGAAUGUAUUUCUCCAUUAGUUCCUUUUAUUCAAUCAAAAUUAUCUUCCAUAAUUGACAAUCUCUUUGAGAAGCUAUUUGUUGGCAAAUCACUGGCUGUUAGAAGGGGUGCUGCGUAUGGUAUUGCGGGUUUGGCUAAGGGUGUUGGUAUUAAGGCAUUAUCUGAAUACGACAUUAUCAGAAACCUCACUGAAGCAUCCGAUGAUAAAAAGGAUUCUCAAAAAAGAGAAAGUGUUUUGUUUGCAUUUGAGUGUAUUUCCCAAUCUUUUGGUCCAUUAUUUGAACCUUAUGUUAUUGAAAUUCUACCAAUUGUCUUGAGAAGUUUUGGUGAUUCUUCUGCUGAAGUGAGAGAAGCCACUGAUUAUGCUGCUAGAAUCAUCAUGAAAAACACCACCAGUUAUGGUAUCAAGAAAAUGAUCCCAUUAGCCAUUGAAAACCUUGAUGAUUUUGCAUGGAGAACUAAAAAGGGUUCUGUUGAGUUGUUAGGUUCGAUGGCUUAUCUAGACCCGGCUCAGUUAUCUUCUUCAUUACCUGAAAUUGUUCCUGAAAUUGUUGGUGUUUUGAAUGACUCGCACAAGGAAGUUAGAAAAGCGGCUGACGCAGCAUUGAAAAAAUUUGGUGAAGUCAUUAGAAAUCCAGAAAUUCAGGAAUUAGUACCAAUUUUGUUAAAGGCAAUUGGUGAUCCUACCAAAUAUACUAACGAUGCGCUGGAUUCUUUGAUUAAUACUCAAUUUGUUCACUAUAUUGAUGGACCUUCUUUGGCUUUAAUCAUUCGUGUUAUCAACAGGGGAAUGCAAGCUUCUUCUGCAAAUACAAAGAAGAAGGCAUGUCAAAUCGUUGGUAAUAUGGCUAUUUUAGUUGAUUCUCAUGACUUAAUGCCAUACCUGUCACAACUUGUUAAUGAAUUGAUUGAAGCUGUUGUUGAUCCAGUUCCUCAGACUCGUGCUACUGCCGCCCGUGCUUUAGGCUCCUUGGUUGAAAAACUAGGUGAGGAAAAGUUCCCAGGAUUAAUCUCUAACUUACUUGCAGACUUACAAGAUGAAAGUAAACGUGGUGAUAGAUUGGGUGCUGCACAGGCAUUAGCAGAGAUUAUCAGUGGUUUGGGUAUAGCUAAGUUAGAAGAAAUGUUGCCAAUAAUUAUCCAAGGUACGACAUCUUCUAAGUCAUUCGUUCGUGAAGGUUUCAUGCCACUAUUGUUAUUCUUACCUGUUUGUUUUGGUAGCCAAUUUGCUCCCUACUUGUCUCAAACAAUUCCACCAAUUUUGGCGGGUUUGGCUGAUAACAAUGAAGACAUUAGAGAUGUUUCCCUACGUACUGGUAGAUUAAUUGUCAACAAUUAUGCAAAGAAAGCUGUUGAUCUACUACUUCCGGAGUUAGAAAAGGGUCUUUCUGAUUAUAAUGCACGUAUCAGACUUUCAUCUGUUGAACUUACUGGUGAAUUAUUGUUUAAGAUUUCUGGUAUUUCUGGUAAACAAGAGUUAGCAGAUGAUGUCUCUUUGUCCAAGAAUGUUACGAAGGCCUUCAAUGAAGUCUUGGGUGAUGAUAGGAGGAACACCGUUUUAUCCAACUUAUUUGUUUGUAGGUCCGAUACAUCUGGUGCUGUGAGAGCUACAGCCGCUAAUAUAUGGAAGGCCCUAGUUGCAAAUACGCCAAGAACCAUUAAGGAGAUUCUGCCUACCCUUUUGAACAUCAUUGUUCGUCGUUUGGCAUCACCUGAUGAUAUACAGAGAAAUAUCGUUGCAGCAACCUUGGGUGAUAUGAUUAGAAGGGUCGGUGGUAAUGCAUUGUCUCAAAUACUACCUACAUUGAAAGAAGCAAUGGUCAGCAGUGAUUCCGAUGCAAAGCAAGGUAUCUGUAUUGCUCUGUAUGAGAUUAUCACAUCCACAGCUGAGAACGCCAUUAUAGAACACCAAGAUAUUUUUGUUGGUAUAGUUAAGGAGGCUUUGGUUGAUCCAAAUCCAAGCGUCAGAGAAGCUGCAGCACAAGCAUUCGAUUCAUUACAAGAGUCCAUUGGUAAUUCUGCCGUUGAUGAAGUUAUUCCACAGUUACUUGAAAUGUUGAACACAUCCGAUGGCUCAGAAGAUGCAUUAUCGGCACUACAAGAAAUAAUGUCGACCAAAUCCGAUGUGAUCUUCCCAAUUUUAAUUCCAUCAUUGUUGACUCCUCCUAUCAAUGGGCGUGCAAUUGGUGCAUUAGCGGAAGCUGCCGGAAGUGCAUUGUACAAGCGUUUAUCUACUAUUAUCAAUGCCUUAGUCGAUGGCAUUGCCAAUAAACUAGGUGACGAAGAAGAACUAUACAGUGCGCUAACUCGUACUCUAAUUUCGGUUGAUUCUGAUGAAGGUUGUCACCCAUUAUUACAGCAAAUUUUGGCACUAAUGAAACAUGAGGACGUUAACAAGAAGAAGAUAAUUUACAAUGUUUUGCCUGAAUUCUUCAAGGAAUCAACAUUGGAUUAUUCUAUCUACAUUGAAGACGUUGUUUCUCAUUGUAUUUACUUAUUAAAUGAUCCAGAUGAUGAAAUUGUCAGCAGAGCAUUUGAGACUCUAUCCGUUCUUGUAAAGAAACAACCAAAGCAGGUCUUGGAGCGACUUGUCAUUCCGGCACAGCAAACUCUCUCAUUUAUCCAAAACGAUUCUAAGCAAAUCAAGGCAUUUGCAUUACCAAGAGGUCCAGGCUGUGUAUUGCCUAUUUUCUUGCAAGGCUUGAUGUAUGGUAAUCCAGUGCAAAGAGAAACUUCUGCUAAUGGUAUGUCGAUUAUUAUUGAUAAUGCCCCUGCUGUUAAUUUGAAGCCUUUUGUCACUACGAUAGUUGGUCCACUAAUUAGAGUUAUCGGUGAAAGGUUCAGCAGUGAUAUUAAGAGUGCCAUCCUACUUGCUAUUAAUAAAUUGUUCAAUAAGAUUCCACAAUUCUUAUUACCAUUUAUUCCUCAGCUUCAACGUACAUUUAUUAAGUCAUUGAGUGAUCCAAGUAGCGAGAUUCUAAGGACUAGAGCUGCAAGAGCGUUGGGUACCCUGAUUAAGUACCAACCGAAAGUUGAUCCUUUGGUAACUGAAUUACUAAAUAAUGCCAAGGGAAUUGACUCUAGUGAUGUUCCUCUUAAAACCGCUAUUCUAAAAGCAUUACUAGAAGUUGUGGAUAAAGCAGGAAAUAAGAUGAGCGAAGCAAGUAAAAAUGGUGUGAUGGUUUUAGUUGAGGAGGAAAUGUUCAAUGAUGAGGCCGGUGUUGGUGCAGCUGUUGCUUACGCUAAAUUAGUUGGUGCAUUAUCCAAAAUUUUGGAACCUAGCGAACUAACUAAUAUGGUGAAGAAUAAGAUUCUCAGCGCAAAUUUGAAUGAUGAAAAUUCAUCAAGAUUUGCUAUUUUAACUCUGAAUGCAUUUUUGAAAGAUUCUGCGGUGCAGGUUUUGAAUUCCGGUUUAUUUAACGAAAUCUGCGAAUUUAUGAUAGCUGCAUCUAAUUCUUCGAAACCAUAUGUUACUGAUAAUGCAACGAUUGCAAUAGGUAAAUUUGUCCUAUCUCUUGAUAAAGUUCAAGAAACUGACGGAGAAAUUGUUAGGAAAUUGAUCAACCAAUUAGCAGUUUCUAUGAUCAGGCCUACUUCUAAUUCUCUAGAUACACGGAGAUUGUCUCUAGUGGUUGUCAGAACCAUCUGCAGAUAUCAAUAUGAGGUUGCUGUUUCUCCAAACUUGGAUAUUUUGAUUCCAUCAGUCUUUUCGUGUGUUCGUGAUCCUAUCUUACCUGUCAAGCUCGCUGCUGAAAAGGCAAUUUUAGCAGUCUUAAACUCUGUCGAUGAUGAAUCUAAUAUCCAAUACAAUAGUUGGAUUGAUUCAUUGAAUGGCGCUAAUACCGUUACCAAUGCAGUCGGAACAACGAUUCAGUUAAGAUCCAUCACCGAAUAUGUUAAGAGGGUCGUUGUUAGAUUGGCAAAUGUUGAAAGAGAAAGAAUUACUGCAGGUGGUGAUAAGGAAGCCAUGUUUUCUGAUCAAUUUGAGGAUGAAUCUGAAAUUUGGGCAAUUGGUGGUGUAGAGUUAUCAGAAGAAUAA